UAAAUAUUAGUAAUGGCAGCCGGUGUGUGGUCAAAGGGCGUUGAUUGAAAGAAGAUAAUUUUCUUUAAUUUUGCUGCGUUUCACCGACAGUUGCAGUCAUAAUGCAAUUGCUGCUCAGGUUGGCCCUGACCUUAUCGACCGUGGCCGUCAGUUUGACGAGUGAGACUAAAAAUCCAACCCUAUCGCGGACACCCUUUUGGCUGUCCAGCCACGUUCUAAACAAACGGAGCUCGGACAACAGCGUUCGACUUAUCGACGAACCGCGUUGUCUAGAGGACAUAAAGCGACUCUGCGGCACCCUUCCUCCUGGAACCGACGAUCUGACUGUCCUGGAGUGCAUCCAGACCUUCAAACCAAAUGAUGGAUCCGAAUUGAACGAACAGUGUCAACACGCCGUUUGGUCGCACACCGUCAGUCUGCUUGAGGACUCGAGCAUCAAGGAGGCAACGAGCCGAUCCUGUGCAAUUGAACUCAAGGACGUGUUGGCAACGUGCAAUAAUGCAGACAACAACUUAGGCUGCCUGCUCGAACACAAGGAUGAACUUCAGAGCGUUCCUUGCAAAGCGUUCAUCCAGAGAAUAGGCUACAUCGCCUUUUCAGACUACAGGCUUUUGCCAAAGCUGACGAACAAAUGCCAGAGCGACAUCGACAAGCAUCUAUGUGGGAGACUUGUUUCUGGAUCUCUGUCCCAGGGCAAAACUUUGGCAUGUCUUCAGCAGCACUUGGAUGAUUUGGAGCCCGACUGCCACAAGCACGUUUUAAAAGUGUCUGAACAGCAGUCUGACGACAUCAAGCUGGACAGGCAACUCUUCUUGGCUUGUGCUGCAGACCUCAAUAGACUUUGCUCCAAUGUGCCAAGUGGUUCGACUCAAGCGUAUAAGUGUCUGAUGCACCACAGGCUAGAUAGAGCCAUGAGUAGGAUGUGUGCAGAACAGUUGUCAAGAAGACAGAAAUUAAUUAGCGCCGACUUCAAAGUAAGCCGAGGACUUGCUCGAGCCUGCAAGGACGACAUCAGAGCAUAUCACUGCAGGAGAGAGGUGUCUGACGACAAAGACAUAAGACUGUCUCAAAUUCUGCUUUGCCUUGAGGGUGCAAUGCAUAAUGGGAGUAAAGUUUCACUCGAUUGUCAACAAGAAAUGCUGGACCAUAGAAAACUUCUUCUGGAAGACUUUAGGCUUAGCCCAGAAAUAGUGUCUGGGUGUGCUGGUGACAUUUCGAAAUUCUGUAACAACGGAAUCGAAGCUGGUGGCAAAACAAUCCACUGUUUGAUGGAGCACUCGAGGGUCAAGAAGAAGAAGGAGAGGAUCAGCCCUCAGUGCCAGAGAGCUUUGGAGUUGUUGGUUCAAGAGACAGACGCUGGUGAAGACUGGAGAGUGGAUCCUGUUUUGAGAGAGGCAUGUCAGCCUGUAGUCGAUGCAGAGUGCUCAAAUGUUCGAGGUGGAGAUGCUAGAGUGAUCACUUGCUUGAUGUCACGCAUUGGGACCAAACAUAUGAGGGCUGCUUGUGAAGCUGCCCUGUUGCAAAUCCAGUUUUUCGUCGCUCGAGACUACAAGCUUGAUCCACCUCUGUACAGAGAAUGCAGAGAGGACGCUAUCAAAAACUGCCAUGCCAAGAAAUCCUGGUCCGAUGACCCAGGUCAUAUGGAUCCUCAAAGAGGACCUCUAGUUAUGCCUUGUCUUUACCGACUAUCUAAUCAGGAUGACAAUGCAGCAGUAAAGCUCAAGCCAAGUUGUGAGGAGGAGCUGCGGAGAGUCAUGCGUCAGAGAGCCGUAAGUGUUGAUCUUGAGCCAGAUGUUCAGGAUAAUUGUCUUGAUGACUUGGCCUACUUGUGUCCCCUGAAAACGGGCAGAGGAGAGGAGACUGCGUGUCUUCAAGAUAACCUUGACAAAUUGAUGCCCAAGUGCAAAGAUGCUAUUUCAAAUUUAACUGAGCAACAAUCGGAGCACAUCGAGUUGAAUCCCAUCAUUUCUGAAAAUUGUGCAGAAGUCCUGAAGAAACAUUGCGAGCAAGAGCUCAAAGAAGGCAAGGAUGAGGGCAACUUGAUUGAAUGCUUGAUCAAGCAUAAAAACGAACCAGAAGUGAGACAGGAGCACUACAAAUGCAGGGCAGCUGUGGAACAUUUCCAGCUGAUCACCAUGAAGAACUACAAAUUUACAUUCAAGUUCAAGCAAAGCUGCAAACCUUACGUUGCCAGAUACUGCACUAUGUCUUUGACAAAGGCUGACGUAAUUACGUGUCUGAGUGAAAUAGUAAGGAAUGCCACUCUUUUGGAUCAAAAACACACUGUCAGCAGAGAAUGCAGACAGCAGUUGAGGGCACAAUUGCUCCAGCAGCAUGAAAAUGUUGAAUUCGACCCAAGGUUGAAAGCAGCUUGUGAAAGUGAUAUCGAAGAGCACUGCGGGAAUGUAAUUGCUGGCGCUGGACAAGUCUUGGAGUGCCUUCAAAAGGCUCGAAAGGUUUUGACCCCAGUGUGCCACAAGGCGAUUUUCAAAGUCGAACGACAGCAGUUGACGGACAGUUCUGUCGACUACGCACUGCUGAAUGGUUGUCAGCAUGCCAUUGGUCAUUUUUGCCAUGACGUGCCCUUGUCUCAGGCCCUUGACUGCUUAAAGCAAUUCAAAAACGAGGCUGGUUUGGAUCCAAAGUGCCGAGCAAUUAUUCAUAGACGAUUGGUGGAGCAGAGUGAGGAUUACAGAUUCAACCCUGCCCUCCAGCAAUCAUGCCGGCCAGACAUUCGUAAAUUCUGCAACAAAAUAAUAGCCAAUGAGCCGGCUGACCACGAGCUUGAGGGCAAGGUGGUUAAAUGCCUAAAGACUCAGUAUCGAGAGCAAAAAUUGAGCUCAAACUGUGAGCGCCAAAUGACUGAAAUCAUGCGAGAGUCGGCGCUAAACUUCAAACUGAAUCCAGUUCUGGCCAACUCUUGCAAAUCAGAGAUUGACAGUCAGUGUUUGCCUUCUGGGGGCUCAAAUGGAGAUGAGGGUGGAGAAGUUUCCGACGAGGACAUAGAAGAUGGGUCUGUUGAAGAGUGUUUGAAGCAGCUCCUCGGCAAAAACAAAAUCAACAACGCUGCUUGUAAAUUGGAAGUUGCCGCGCUAGUCGAAGAUGAAAAAGUCGACAUUCACACAGACCCUUUGCUGCACCAAGCAUGCAAAGUGGAUUUGGACAAGUUCUGUGCCGAUGUCAUUGCUGGAGCUGGGAAACAGAUUGAAUGUCUUCAGUCGUACCUGCAAGACACACGGAGAGUCUUGGAACCAAAGUGCAAGAGCAUGUUGCUUGGCAGAAUGGCCAUGUUCCUCAACGCUGAUAUGCUCAUUGCCCCGCAGAGUAUGCAUGAUCUGUACCACAGUGUGGCUAAAUCGAAAGAUAAACACUACUUCCUGGUUGUUUCCCUUGCAUUUUUUGGCGCAAUCUUCUUUGUUGGAAUAUUCUGCGGCCGAGUGACCAAGAGACAUGUGGCGAUGAAGAAUAAGUAAAGUAAGUGGCUGUUUCUGUCAAUUCACUCGGCCCACUGCUGGAUGAAAACUUAACAAUGCAUCUCCAGGCCAAAAAUCAAAUAUUUUAUCUCUUCCAGUUCAAGAUUUCUAGAAAAUUUUCUCCAAGCUCGCAGUUAACGUUUCUGUUUACUAAAGUUGAAAUUGUGAUGCAUUAAAAAUUUACUUGGUGCCAUUAAGAUUGUCAUAUCAAGCCACAAGAGGCAGCUGCAAUUUUUUGUAAAUCAGCAGUGGGCCACCAAUGGACCUUGAGUUUGCAGCUGAUUCCACUGGAAAAUCUAUUUUUAUAGCUGAAAUUUGAUUUAGUCAUUAUUUUUGUUGAUUUUUUUUUUU